AUGCCCCCCAAGGCUGCCGACAAGAAGCCCGCCUCCAAGGCUCCCGCCACUGCCUCCAAGGCCCCGGAGAAGAAGGAUGCCGGCAAGAAGACUGCUGCUUCUGGCGAAAAGAAGAAGCGCUCCAAGAGCCGCAAGGAGACUUACAGCUCUUACAUCUACAAGGUCCUCAAGCAGGUCCACCCUGACACUGGUAUCUCCAACCGUGCCAUGUCUAUUCUGAACUCGUUUGUCAACGAUAUCUUCGAGCGGGUCGCCACCGAGGCCUCUAAGCUUGCUGCCUACAACAAGAAGUCUACCAUCUCCUCGCGCGAAAUUCAGACCUCUGUCCGUCUGAUCCUGCCCGGUGAACUGGCCAAGCACGCCGUCUCCGAGGGCACCAAGGCCGUCACCAAGUUCAUCUCCUCCACGAAAUAA